CUAAUUUGUCAUUUGCCGACUAGUAAACCACGCGAAGAUAGCGACUUUGAUAUCUGUUCUAGUUUAUCUGCCAGCGGUCUAGCACAAUCCCGCAUCUUAAACUGGUACGCCCGUCACGUUGAAUAUAUAUGCCUUUGCUCGCGCGCUCCCACCUCCAAGAAGUGCUCUCGAUCACUUCGCUGCACGCGCUUCUUGGAGAGUCGGACCCGGCCAUGGAAGCCCGGCUACACUACUCCAGGCCACUCCUACAGGUGCAAGCGCCGGCCGCAAGCCCGUCGAUCGCCCACGCGGCGCCCGGCGCAGUUCCGGACGCGGACGCCUUCCACUUGCUCAACGCCAACGCCAUCCUCGUCCUCGCCCUCCUCGUCUGCGGCCUCGUCGCGGCGCUCGCGCUUCGCGUCGUGCUCCGGUGCGCGCUCCGCGUCACUCGCCGCGCGUGCUACGGAGAUGGCGCGCAGGAUGUACACCCGGAGCGCACGGGAGGAGGCGCGGAGCAGCCGACGGCGCGGCUCGGGCGCGGCAGGAAGCCGCCGCAGCGGCGGCUUGCAGCGCUGGUGCAGGCGCUCCCGUGCCUGGCGUACUCGGCGGGGCUCGAGCUGGCCGGGUCGUCGCGGUCCGAGUGCGCCAUCUGCCUCGCCGAGUUCGCGCGCGGGGACCGGGUGCGCGUGCUGCCCCGCUGCAACCACGGGUUCCACGCGCGCUGCAUUGACCGGUGGCUCGCGGCGCGGCCGACGUGCCCCACCUGCAGGCAGGCGGCGUUCGCUGAGCCCCCCAUCACGCAGCCGAACGGUGCCGGCCCGGUCGCCGUUGUGCGGGUGGUGAUAGUAGGCGAUGGCGUGACCCUCCGUAUGGAGCCUUAGAACUCGUGGUCGUACGUAGGCCGCCAGACUGUGCACAUUAGCAGUGUGUUAGCGGAAUAUGGGAAUGUUUGGAUUGAAGCUCACCGCACUUCAAGUUAGCCGUGCCACACUAG